GUCCCACUUUUUUUUAAAAAAAACUUUUUAUUCAUACUUCUUUUAACCUUUCAUCAUCUAAAUCCUUUGAAUAUAAUUUUAAUAUCCCCAACUCUUUUUUAAUCUUUGUACCAUUUCUUAUUUAUUAUUAAUCUCAUGGAUCGUGAUUGGAGACAUACACUUAAUUUGAAUUUUUAUAUUUUUCUAAGAGUCUCUUUCUAACUCAAGGUAGGAUCUCAGUUAUGACAAUGUUAAUUAAUAAUUACAAUGUAUUUACAUCUAAAACACAUACUUGCUCUGUUCUAUUAUAUUUGUUAUAUUUUAGUUUUUACGCAAUUUAAUACGUAAUUUUGAUUAUUUAUAUCUUAAGUUAUGUUUAACUAACAAUUAUAAAAAUUUGAUAUUAUGAAAGUAUUCGCUUAGACGAUUCAAACAGGAUCUCACUUUACUAUAUUUUUUCUAACAUAUUAACUGCAAUAUAUAAAAUAAGCUCGAAAGAUGAACAAUAUCAAUAAUAAUUCUUAUGUAGCGACUAUUAUAAAAUGGAGGAAGUACAUGUCCAAGUAAAAUUGAUUCAUCUAACAUGUGGAUCGUAAUAUAUGCUAUGUAUAAAGGGCAUAUAACCCUAAAAGAGAGAUUUAUGCAAAUCGACCAUAAUUGAUGUCUAAAUAGAAUAAUAAGAUAACUCCAUUCAAAAAAACACACAAAGAAAGUAACAAGCAAAGCAGGAGUUGGUAAGAUUUAGUAGGAAUAUAAGAUUCUCAUAGAUUUAUUUAUACGUAUCAUUUGAGUGCGUACCAUUUUUUUUAUGUAAAGUCGUAAAUUCGAUUCUUGUUAUCUAUCCCCUCCUUUAAUAACAGGUUCAUUUAUGAGAUUUUGGUAGCUUAAAAUAAAUUUAUUAUCAAACUUUAAUAUAAAAAGUACAUUCAAUUAUCUUAAUGUCGUUAAGUAUGUACAACUUCCACCUAUAUACGGACCCUUACUAACAAAUAAAAAUAUUUUAAAUAAUUAGAAUCUUUUUACGAUAUUCAAAAGUCUAAUGAUGAGCUUUAUGUCGAUUGAAAUUCAUUGAAAAGUAUUACUAAUUAAUUUUAUUAAAUUUCUUUAUAUACUCACGAAUUAAUAAUCUUUUAUUAUUAACAUCUCUAAAUGAAAAAUUCAUUAUAAUAGCGUGUAUGUAUAUCUACUGAAACUUAUUGUUCAUCAUAUAUAAUAUAGAAUUCAUAAUUUUUAUGUUGGGGCUUAGUGCGUACGCCUGUCACACCCUACCCCCAGAUACUACCCUACCCUAACCUUAUCCUUUUCCAAUCUACCCUGAUUUACAAAAUAAAAAAAAAAACAAAUUUAAAUAAUUCUUUUGAUAUUCAAAAUAAAAAGGCAUAAAAAUAAUGCUUCUAUAUAUCCACUCGUCUAUAUAUAAACAACACCAUCCUAAUUAUAUACUUAUCACAAGAAACCCAAAUAUAAAAACAUAUAAAUAAGUUAAUCUUUAAUUAACCUUCACGAUUUGAUUAAACAGCUAAAGUAAUCGAGAAAUGUGGAGGAUUUCAGCACUAAUUAUUGUGAUUAUAACAUUAAACAUAAAUCUAGGAAUCCAUGCAAAUCCUAAACCUAAUCCUAAUCCUAUAGUACCAUGUUAUUUCAUCUUUGGGGAUUCAUUAUCAGAUUCCGGCAACAAUAAUGGGUUAAAGACAAAGGCUAAAGCCAAUUACCAUCCAUACGGUCUGGAUUUUCCGGGAGGUAAGCCUACCGGACGUUUUACCAAUGGACGUACGUCCGUCGAUGAAAUUGCCCAACGAUUAGGUCAUGGUUUUAUCCCACCCUUUAGUACAGCAAAGGGCCAGGCAAUACUCAAAGGUGUUAAUUACGCUUCUGGUGCAGCUGGUAUCCUCCCCGAAACUGGCAAACAUUUGGGCGAUGUUGUAACGUUCGAUGAACAACUUACAAACCAUAAAAGGGUAAUUUCAAAAGUAUUCAAAUUAAUGAAGAAUGGUUCAACACAAGCAUACAUGCAAAAAUGCUUAUACACAGUUAACAUAGGCAGCAAUGACUAUAUCAACAAUUACUUCAUGCCGUUACAUUACCAAUCUAGCCGUAAAUAUAGCCCUAAUAAAUAUGCCCAUAGACUCGUUAACAAAUACCGUCAAAAUUUAAAGAUUUUGUACAAAAAUGGAGCUAGAAAAGUGGCGUUGUUUGGACUAGGAAUGAUAGGGUGCAGCUUAGGAGUAGUAAUGCAGCAUCACCCAAUCGGUUUUUGUGUGGAUGAGAUCAAUUUUGCAGUUCAAAUGUUCAACAAUAAGCUACAAAAGCUUGUAGGAGAGCUUAAUCAAGAAUAUCAUGAUGCCAAAUUUACUUGCAUUAACAUUCAAGCCAUCGUAGUUGGUCCACUCCAAGGUAUCACGAAACUACGAGAUACAUGUUGCGAGUUAAGAGAAGACUACCAAUGCAAAGAGUCAGCAGCUCAUUGCCCCGACAGAAACUCACAUUUUUUCUGGGAUGGUUUCCAUCCCACGGAAGCAGUACAAAAAGUAUGGGGUGCUCGAGCUUUCAAUAGAUCACUUCCUGUCCAAGCUAAUCCUCUUGACAUUAAUUCCCUCAUUAAAUAUAAAUUAUGAAAAAGUGUUUAUUUUGAUCAAUUUUGAGUGUUAAUUAAUUACCAUAAAUUGUUUCAUUGUUAUCAUUAUGAAAAUGUUUCAUGUAAUCAAGCUAGGGUAAUAAAUGUCAUUGAUUAGUAUGAUAUUGAGGAAAAUGUGUUAGUAUUCUUCCUGUUUUUAUAUGUUCUUCUCAGAUAGUAUUUACGA